UACUCCGGCGUCUAAUUGAGUAGAAAGCGAUUCGCACCGGAGAAAGAAAACCUAGGCCACAAAGGUCUGCGUGUUGGCUCACCGCAAUCCGAAGGCCGCACCUUUCGGCUCAUCGCUAGGGCUUCGCUCCCCCCCAAUUCGAUCCGCGAGGGCAAGAGGUGGUUUUUCUUUGGUUCGCUGUGACGUGGGAGAUGCCGCCGAAGUCCAGGAGGGGCGGCGCCGCCGCAGCGAGGAAGGCCCCGGGGACGAGGGGUCGGGUGGGGAAGGCGCAGCCUGUUGCGGAUGAGGCGCCGCCCGUGGAGGAGGUGAAGGUCGCCGAGGAGGCCCCGGAGGCGGUGGAGGAGCCGAAGCGGCAGCCCUCGCCGCCGCCGACGCAACAGCCGGUGGCGGAGGAGAAAGUCUCCUCCGGUGUCGCGGCUAACGGUGCCAACCACGGUGAAGACGAGGGAGCUGCGAAAGAAACAUAUGAAGAAGAGGACAAAGGUGAACGUCUGGAGUUUGAGGAUGAACCAGAAUAUGAAGAGGAGGCUGCUGUGGAUUACGAUGAGAAAGAUUUGGAGCAGUAUGAAGAGCAGUACGAGGAUGGUGAUGAAGAGGUGGAAUAUACCGAAGAUGUGGUUGAAGUGGAGACUGAUAUAGUGGAUGGGGAACUUGAUGAAGGUGGAGAUGAUGGGGAGGGGGAGGGAUAUGAAAAUGAUGACGAAGAACAUCAUGUGGAUGUGGACGAUGAAGAGCAUCAUGAAGUGGUUAAAGAGCAUCGCAAGCGGAAGGAGUUUGAAGUUUUUGUUGGUGGGCUAGAUAAAGAUGCGACAGAAAGUGACCUUAGGAAGGUUUUUGGUGAAGUUGGUGAGAUCACUGAAGUUCGUCUGAUGAUGAACCCUGUCACAAAGAAAAAUAAAGGUUUUGCCUUCCUGCGAUAUGCAACUGUGGAGCAAGCAAGGCAUGCUGUCUCAGAGCUAAAGAAUCCACUGGUGCGGGGUAAACAAUGUGGUGUUGCUCCAAGUCAUGACAAUGAUACACUCUUUGUCGGCAAUAUCUGCAAGACAUGGACAAAGGAACAUUUGAAGGAUAAACUGAAGAGUUAUGGAGUUGAGAAUUUUGACGAUUUACUACUGGUUGAGGAUAGCAAUAAUCCUGGAAUGAAUCGUGGCUAUGCUUUGCUUGAGUUUUCUACUCGAUCUGAAGCAAUGGAUGCUUUCAGGCGAUUGCAGAAGAGGGAUGUAGUGUUUGGAGUUGAUCGUAGUGCAAAGGUUUCCUUUGCUGAUUCAUACCCUCAAGUUGAUGAUGAAAUAAUGGCACAGGUCAGAACUGUCUUUAUUGAUGGCCUUUCUCCUUCAUGGGAUGAAGAUCGUGUCAAGAAGUAUCUCAAAAAGUAUGGAGCUAUUGAGAAAGUUGAACUUGCUCGAAACAUGCCAGCUGCCAAGAGAAAGGAUUUCGGGUUUGUUACUUUUGAUACACAUGAUAAUGCUGUUGCAUGUGCUGAAGGGAUAAGUAAUUCUGAGAUUGGUGAAGGUGAUCAUAAGGCAAAAGUAAGAGCUAGAUUGUCGCGACCAGUACAGAGACCUCCUAGAACGAAGCAUGGGCUAAGAGGAAAUUUUAGAGUUGGACAUGGUGCUCCCCGAGGUGGCCGUUUACCGUAUGCUCGCCCUCUUCCACCUCGCCGGCCUCCACCACGUCUUGUUCGGCCUCCUGUUAGUCGCUUACCACCCAUCAGGAGCCAUCCAUUGAAGAGGCCUGUAGAUAUCAGAGAUAGGCGUCCUGUUAUGUUGAUAUCGGAUAGAGCUAGGCGUGUGCCUCCUCCAGAGAGAUCUUAUGAUAGGAGGGCCCCAGCUCCAGUUUACCCAAAGAGAAGUCCAAGGAGAGAAUACUUAAGGCGUGAUGAACUUCCUCCUCCAAGGAGCAGAGCUGCGGUUGACUACAGUCUAAGAGUUCCAGUUGAUAGACGUCCCUCUUUCAGGGAUGACUAUUCACCCCGGGGAUCAGGUUAUUCAGACCUAGGUCCUCGUAGCGCUCCCCGUCUUUCAGAGAGGCGAGCAUAUGCUGAUGAUAGUUAUGGUGGCAAGUAUGACCGGCCUUUACCGGCCUAUAGGGAGGGUCGUGGCCAUGAUUAUGAUACCAUUUCUGGAUCAAAGCGUUCAUAUGCAGAUAUGGAUGAUGUGCCUCAGUAUCAAGACAUUAGUGUUCGUCAGUCCAAGGCACGGUUAGACUAUGAUGUUGGUGGCAGUAGUGCUCGGUAUGGAGGUACAUAUAGUGAGAGGCCUGGACGAUCGCAUGCGGGAUAUAGUGGCAGCCGAUCUAUAUCUGGUCAUGAUUCAGCAUAUGGCAGCAGCCGUCAUGGUAUGAGUUAUGGAGGUUCUGCUAGCAGUGGUGAUGCUGGUGGAAUGUACUCAUCAAAUUUCAGUGGUAGCUACAUGUCUCGUGGAUCUGAUGUUGGUGGGAGUUCAUAUUCAUCACUUUACUCAGGCCGUAAUUUGGGUAGCAGCAGUGGUGGCUACUAUGGAGGUAGCGGUUCUAGUUCAUAUUACUAAGGGAUAAUGGCCAUUAUUGGAUCCUAAUGUCCACGUCAUUUUUGGGCUUGAAUUUGGUUUUUGGAUAUUGCAUUUUUCUAGUGCUGGCAGUGAGUACGAAGAGACCUCGGUAUGUAGUGUCUUUGGAGAGGCUGCUCUGAGAUGGCUUUAGCAGUAUCCAGAAACAACAUACUGUUUACUUAUCGAUGUAUUUGUCAACCGUCGUUUAUUGUUUGUGUUUAGUAGUUGUUGGAAUAGGAUUCCAUUAGGGAAAUUAUGAUGGUGUUAUGAGAUACAGCAGAACUUUAUGCAUGGAAGGAAUGCUGUAUCCAGCAACAUGCAGUGGCAUAAAUGAAUUUGGAAUUUUGGAUACUGGGGGCCAGUAUGUGGGAUUCCGCACCUUGUGGCUGGCUGGUUUGGUGCUUAUUUGAAAAAACAAGGGGAAGAUGGAGAUUGGUGCUUAUUUUUUGGGGAAGGAAGAGAGAUCUGAAAACAGCGUGGCAUUGAAGCAUUUUUCUUGGAAAUAAUAAGCACGGGAGUGCCAUGGAAGUUUUGAAAUGAAGGAUCUUGAAUUUUUCUCCUUCCAAUUGCUGGAGCAAACAGAAAGACCAACCACAGUUUAUUCCAACUAUUUAAUUAAGUGUACAAAAUAAAUAUAGCUUGAAUCACAAAACGCUGCCAAACAUAUCAAUUUCAGAAUCCUAAGCCUGCACCAAGGCCGGUAGCAAUCGGACCAUUUGAAAUAUCCAAGUACAAUUUGCAAUCGGACCAUUUGGUUAGUUGAUUAGUUUUCUUUUUUUAGUAAUGUUAAUAUUAAAGCAGUUGUUGAUGCUUACCUUCCUCUUUAUCUUCUCUGGCAUGCCGUCAUUCUAAUUUCUUAAGCUCAGUACUGCUGUUUUGAUGUUGUUCCCUGGUUCACAUGCUAACCCAGCUUAAAUAUUAUCAUGUUUUUUGAGCGCUUUGAGAAUUGUAGCCCAGCAUGCCUCUCAGAAGAUGCGCAUUGAGCUGCGAACAGGUAAUGCAAUUUUUUGUAUGGGAUGGCUGUCUAAUGCCAGGUUUGCUGACGACCCCGCGUCUUGUGUUGGUUACGUGGGUAAUGUGACCUUGGAUUGCUAUCGUAUUCCUUCGUUGAGCUUGUAAAAAACGUUGUAAGCAUGGAACGAACUAAUUGUACAAAGUAUGAACUACUUAAUAUGAAAGAUCUUUAUGAAGA